GCCAGGGGAAAGUUGACGUUAGUAGCUUUAGCUCCGUUAGCUCCGAACCCCGGAAUCAGCCUCACUUAGCGCCCAGCCUCAAUGGCCUUUUAACCCGCUUAUUAGAGCACUAAGUAUAAUCGGGUCAAAUGGUUGGUGAGAACAUGCAGCCAUGGGUGACAUGAAAACCCCAGAUUUUGAUGAUCUCCUGGCAGCCUUUGACAUCCCUGAUGCCACAGGACUGGUUGCCAAGGAGCCCAUCCACGGCAACCACGAGGAGCCGGAGAACCAGCUGAAACACACGGGGAUGUGCCUGGAUGCCGGCUUAAUCAAUAAUCAAGCUGUCACGACGGCAGAUACCCCCGUCGUUAGUGUCAUUGUGAAAAACACAAGUCGACAGGGGUCGUUGGACGGCUUUGAGGAUAAGCUUCACUCGGGACCGUCGCUGCAAAAUGGAUUCAGAGAUCAAGAAACCUGCAUUGACCCGGCCGAGCCAAACGACACUAGCUUUUCCAGAUCCCUUGUGUCCGGUUUGAAUGGGGAGAGUUUUCCGGAUAUCCACGGAGAAGCUCCCUUUCAGCACAAACCUGAUGGGACACCGGUGUUUUCACAGUCGCUGUCACAUUUCAGUCCCGUCUCCAGUCCUGAAUCUGAAGACGCUCCUAGUAGUAGAGAUGAAAGUCAGCCAAAACAAGAGAGACCCUGUUUUCCAGAAGCUCCAGUGUCGGUGGAACCUUCAGUCCCAGACAAUCAGGAUAAAAUCGGCCUUUGUUUGUUUGAUAAUUGCCUGAAGGACAGUCAAGAAAGCAGAGCAGAGAAUGGCAGAAGACAGGACCCUUCUAUUAACUGCAUCAGAAAUGAAACAGGGAAGACGCCUAAGGACCAGUAUGCAUUUCCCCUAACCAACAGUGAGCAGAACUUCAUUGAUACCAGCUGCAAUUUUGGAAACACAAUAGACGUUAAUAUCUCUUGUUCACCUGCCAAAUCUCACACAUCAAAGUUGUCUUCUUGCCUUGAGGCUCUGGUUGCUCUAAAUGCUAGAAAAGAUCCCAGUGAGCAGACUAAUCCUAGAGAAGUAUCAGUGGUUCAGAAUGACUGCCUUAUUAAAGGUAGCCCAAAGUUGCCCGUAUCGCCAAGAAGCCCCCGAAGUCCCCUUGAAGCAGUAAAACGGUUAAUGAAACCGUCUGAUAGCCCUAUGAGUAUCUGCAGUGAUACCAGUGACAAAGUAUCCCCUGCAGUGUUGUCUGGCUCACCCCCAGCUAUCCCCAGGGUUAGAAUUAAAACUAUCAAAACCACAUCCGGGCAGAUCAAACGCACAGUAACCAGUGUGCUACCAGAAUCAGAAACUGAUGAAAUUAACUCUGCCUAUGAAUCCUCUCCAUGUCAGAGUAUGAUUAGUGAGGAUUCUUACUGCAAUGCAUCUCCUCACCGGUCUCAAACAGUUGAGCAUGUAGUUGGAAUGCAGGCCAAAGGUAACCCGGCUAGCACAUCUUCACCGAAGGUUUUAAACAGAAAGCCUGAAGAAAACUCAAGGAAAUCUGCAACAAAUCUGCAUGGUGCCAGUGGUCCUGGCAAAAGACCUGUUUCACAUCUGGUGCAGAAACCAAAGAGAGCAUCAUCUACAACAGGCCAUGCAACUAACACAAACUUCCUUCCAAAAGCAAUGCACUUAGCUAGUUUAAACCUGGUCCCUCACAGCGUUGCUGCCUCAGUAGCUGCACGCUCCACCUCCCACCAACAGAGCCAGCAUACACUUUCCUCUACAGUGUGCAGCACUGUCCCACUGGUUCACCAGGUCAAAUCAGCCAACCCUCAGCCACGUGCAUCUGUUUCAAACACAGCUGCAGGAACCUUACACAGACUACUGAACAAUUCAAACCCUGUGCCUAAAUAUGUACCAAACUUAAAUCCUCCUCCGGGGAGUGGCAUCAACCUUCCACCGCAUGGAUACUGCUGCCUGGAGUGUGGGGACUCCUUUGGGGUCGAGAGGAGUCUUGCAUUUCAUUACAGCAGGAGGAGCGUCCACAUAGAAGUAGGAUGUACACAUUGCGCAAAGACGAUGGUUUUCUUCAACAAGUGUGCCUUGAUGGCACAUGCACGCGAACACAAAAAUAAUGGCAUGGUUAUGCAGUGCACACAGCUCCAUUUGAAACCCAUAUCAGAGGAGGAAAUGUUUGUACCCCUGAACACUGAACCGGUGAACACGAGUUCUUACGCAUCACCAUCACUCUCGUCUAAAAGUGAGCCCGUCCUGCCCUUAUAUCCUGACAAUGUUAUUCGGCACAGACUCCGUUGCCUGGAUUGUAACAAACAAUUGCCUGACUACAAAGCACUCGCAGGUCAUUACCAGAGGUCGUCAGAAGAUGUUCAAGGACUGAUUUGUAAAGUAUGCUCAAUGUUGUUACCCAACAAGUGCAGCUUCAGAGCCCACCAACGCAUUCAUGCACACAAGUCCCCUUAUUGCUGUCCCGAGUGUGGUGCCAUGAGCCGUUCUGCAGACAUACAGAAGCAUGUCAUGGAAAACUGUCUGCAUUAUGCACGCAAGGCUUGGUACAAAUGUCUUCACUGUGAUGUGGUGUUCAGAACCUUACAAGGACAAAAGAGUCACGUCGAGGAGAAACACUGUGAAGUCUUUUACAAAUGCUCUGCCUGCCCAGUUGCCUUCAAGACCUCUGACAGCUGUGAAGUACAUUUUAAAAAUAAGCACCAUGCCAGCAAACUAUCGCCUCAGUUAGUCUUUAAGUGUUCGUGUGAAGCAAUUUUCAAGAAAAAACAACUGUUCUUUCAGCAUUUCCAUCAAAAUGCCAGCAAGCGAGUUACCUGUGUAUUUAAGUGUCCAGAAUGCAACUCAGUCUUUCCGCAAAAAUACCUGUUAAUGCAGCACUUUAAGGUUGUGCAUGUGGGAAAUGCAACAGCAGAGACAGAAAAGGUCACUAAGGAAAAGGCUAGGACUGAUAAGUCAACAGAUUUUCAUUCUGUCCAACCACAGAAGAGUCACAACCCUCAUAAACUCACAGAAGGUCCCAGGAAAAAGUCAGAGAAGGACAGCAAACCUCGCGUGAAGCCCAGAGGCUGGACAUGUGGCGAGUGUCUACAGUUUUUCACUGAUCGAGAAUCCUACGUUUCUCAUGUGAAGACCAAACACGGAAAGACUGUGAAGAAGUAUCCAUGCCGACAUUGUGAGCAGUCAUUUAAUACCGCAACCAGUCUGAGAAGACACAUUCGCAGUGAGCAUGAUGGGAAAAGGAGAAUUUACACUUGCUGGUAUUGCACAAAUAGCAAGACAAUAUUCACAACGAGUGUGAUGUUGAAGAACCACAUUAGUCUUAUGCAUGGAAUUAAAAACCCUGAUCUUAGCCAAAUGCCCAAAAUAUCCAUCCCCGGGUACCAGGAGUCCUUGGGCAAGGGGUUUGUGUCAGCGCUGCCCACUGUGGACAAACAGACUGACCAUCCGGCUCACACUGAUCUAGAAGCUCCUUCAGCCAAACGUCUCAAAACUCAGUUCCGCUGUUCAAAGUGUGGUUUCAUUACAGACAACAGCGCAGAGUUUCAUCAGCAUAUACCUCAGCAUAAAACAGACAAAAACACUCCUCAGUGCCUUCACUGUGGUCUGUGUUUCACUUCUGUGCGCUCUCUCAAUAGACAUCUUUUUAUUGUGCACAAAGUCAAAGAUCUAGAGAAAAAGGAGAUGAACAUUAUGGAAAAGGAGCAAAGCAACUGGCCUGUUAGGUCAGUGGAGCCUCACGAGUUAAAUGAAUUUGAACCCUCGCAGGAAAAAGAGCCAGAAGGCCCUCGAUGUACCAAAACCACAGACUUUUCUUUUAAAACCGGGCCCUCACUCUCAGACAAAAGCAGUCUCUCUCCAGCUGUGAGAGCCACAUAGAUUUCCCUUAAAGCUGCUGCAAUGGCUCCUUAUUUUAUUUUACAGUUAACCCCAAAUGUAUGCUUCAGUGUCAGUCAGAUGUGCAGUCUGCACUGUAGCUUCCCUCUUCAGACUUGUAACUGCACAUCACAGCAAUGCAGACACUUUGUAUGUAUUUACCGGCUUCUUGCUAUUAUCAAACAUAAAGGCCCCCAUGGUUUAAGUAUAUACAGUAUGAUAUAAGAGAUCUUAUUUAAUUCAAGACAGCCAGUAUUCUGUCGCCAGCUUUUUUCUCAUUUUAGAAGCAGUUUGUUCAGAUGUCAGUUCAGAGUUCAUACACGCAACUUUCUCUGAUAUGUUCCCUCUGUCUGUGUUGUAUUGUCUCUAAAGUUGCAUUUAUCAGCUCCUCACAUACUCAUGCAACCAGACAUCUUGUAGGUUUUGUUUACUGUUGCUGCGCAGCAUCAGAAGUCCUAACUUUCAUCAGGUGCUUAUGUGUUAGAUGUCCAUGUGGGCUUAAGCCACUUAUAUAAGAUCCAAAUUAAUUUGAUAUUUAAGGCACAAACGUGUCUUCUUUUUGUUUUUCUUUUCUUUUCUUUAGGGUGGCGUAAAAUUCAUGGCCUUUUGAAUUGGGCAUUUUUAUUUCAAAGCGGAAAGUAUAUUCAAGCAGAUCCAUAUUAUCUAAUAAAAACAUUAUUUUCAGAAUAAUUUUUCAUUUAUUUAAUUUUACGUUGCAUGUUUAUAGGAAACACUUUAAUCUUGCUUUUUAAAAUAUAACAGCACUUGUAGCUUUUUUAUUUUAUUUUUUUUUCAAGUUCCAUCCCUCUUGACAUGAUGCUCAGGUUUUUCUCUUAGAACUCCUGAUGGAGAAGUGGUGGAUUUUCACCCCUACGAUUAAUUUAAUUUCCUUUAAUCUAGUUUGAUGUCUUUCAGCCUGCACGCUACGACUGAGCGGGAUUCAGGUUGGAAUUUUUAUGACAUGACAAUGUUGCAGAUAUUUGACGGUUCAAAUUUAGCACUUGCAUUCCCAACGCUUUUAUUUUGCAAAAUAUGCACCCUUUGUCAAAAAGUAGUAUUCCCUUAUUUGUUAUAAACACUUGACUGAAGAAGUAUCCCAUGAAAGCAUAUGAAGGUAUCAGAGAUGGCAUAUUAAUGCUGAGCUCUUAACAAAUGUUUCUUUUAAAUAUGUAAGCAUUUUUAAGUGCUUUUGGCUCCUUUUGUUUUUAUAAUUUAUGUUUUGAGCGUAAUCAGUGUGUAGGCUACCUGUGCUAUCUACGAUCUGACCUUUUCUUUUCCACUCCCUUUAUUUGAGAGUAGAGGAAAUUGAGAGGUAUUACCCAAUCGAAUAACAGUAUUGAAAAUACUUCCAACUGCCAGAAGUGUAUUUUUCUGGCAAGCAAAUGUCAGUGUUGUUUGAAAUCAGGGUACUUGGUUCUUGGAUAAUCUAGAGCAGGGGUGAGAGUGAAGCGUGGUGGCACAAGAGAGGUAAUGUUUUAUAAAUCACUACCUGGCUGGCAACAUGAUUGAAUACCCAGCGACUCUGUGGGAAGUAUGUCAAAGAUCAGUAUUUGUGAAGGUCGAUCCUUCUUGUUUGCAGGUUCGAGUUUGUGAAGCAGCACUUUUUGUUUUGUGCUGUCUCCAUGACAGUUCCUACCUCUAUGGUGAAUGGCAGUGAUUGUUAAAUGUUUCAGAGGCUUUUAGAAGCUGCAGGUAAUCUCAGUGCAAUGUAAAAAAAAAAAAAAAAAAAAUGAAAUAAAGAUUUAUAAAAAAGUGUAUUAUCCCAUAUGAAAUUUUAUAAAUUAUUUUGGGAGCAAAUAUUAUGGCUUUAUGGUCAUAUUGACUUAACUGACGAGCAUAGUUUUCUAUGAAAGUGCUGUACGCGUCCUUAAAUCACCACACUGCAGCUGUUGACCUGCAGAGGCUGAAAAGAAUUACUUGUUUGCGAUUCCUCUUUUGUAAUGGUUGAUAUUUGUACUUUUGAUACCGUGUACAGGAAGGACUUGUAUAGGAAAGGAACUUGUGUACAUACGUUAACCAGUGAAACCUGGUUUCACAGCAUUAAGCCAUUACAUCUGUUCAGCAUGCAGUGGCCCAUGUGCCUUGCUGUUAUGUUUACGUAAAAUACUUACAAAUAAACUGGUGCGUUUAAUUAUA